AUGCUUGCGGCUGCCAUGCAGGAGCUCGGAGACCUCAGGCAAGGAUAUUACUCCUCUAAGCCCCAAAUCCCACCCCCGAGGGAGGAGGGCGUGCUGCAGUCCCGGCGGCGGUGGCGGCGGCGGCUGGAGGUGCAACCUCCCAGGUGGGAGGCGGGGGCUGCGGGCGCAGGAAAAGGCGCCUCGGGAGCCGGCGCUCGGCGGGGCCUCCUCGGGCCCCGGGCGCGGCGCGGCGAGUGGGAGCGAGCGCGCCGGGAGCACGCGCGGGGCGCGGCGGGGCGCGGGGCCGCCGCGCUGGGGGACGAGCGCGACGGGGGACCCCGGGGGGGCCCGGCCGCCGCCGCCGCCGCCUCCUCGACGCUGCCCGCGGCUCCGGGGGGCAGCGUGUUCCCGGCCGGCGGCGGGCCCCUGCUCACCGGCGGUGCGGCGGUGCACAUCUCCGCCGCCGGCGCUGCCAAGGCCACCCUGUACUGCCGUGUCUUCCUGCUCGACGGGACUGAAGUGAGCGUGGACCUGCCGAAACAUGCCAAAGGCCAGGAUUUGUUUGAUCAGAUCGUGUACCACUUGGACCUCGUGGAAACAGAUUACUUUGGCCUCCAGUUCCUAGACUCUUCCCAGGUUGCGCACUGGCUGGACCAUUCCAAACCCAUAAAAAAGCAGAUGAAAAUUGGACCUGCUUAUGCUUUGCACUUUCGAGUUAAAUAUUAUUCUUCGGAACCGAACAACCUUCGUGAAGAGUUUACAAGGUACCUGUUUGUUUUACAACUCAGGCAUGACAUUCUUUCAGGAAAACUGAAAUGCCCAUAUGAAACGGCUGUGGAAUUAGCUGCUCUCUGUCUACAAGCGGAGCUGGGGGAGUGUGAGCUUCCAGAACACACGCCAGAGCUUGUGUCUGAGUUUCGGUUCAUUCCAAAUCAGACAGAAGCGAUGGAAUUUGAUAUCUUCCAGAGAUGGAAAGAGUGCAGGGGAAAGAGCCCUGCCCAGGCGGAACUGUCCUAUCUGAAUAAAGCGAAGUGGCUGGAAAUGUAUGGGGUAGACAUGCACGUUGUCAGGGGAAGAGAUGGCUGUGAAUAUUCUCUUGGACUGACCCCGACAGGCAUAUUAAUCUUUGAAGGAGCUAACAAAAUAGGCUUAUUCUUUUGGCCAAAAAUUACCAAGAUGGAUUUUAAAAAGAGCAAAUUGACAUUGGUGGUAGUGGAGGAUGAUGAUCAGGGACGGGAGCAAGAGCACACGUUUGUCUUCCGGCUGGACAGCGCCAGGACCUGUAAGCACCUCUGGAAAUGUGCGGUCGAGCAUCACGCCUUCUUCCGCCUGCGGACGCCGGGGAAUAGCAAAUCGAACAGAUCAGACUUCAUCCGGCUGGGGUCUCGCUUCAGAUUCAGUGGGCGGACAGAGUAUCAAGCCACACAUGGGGCCAGGUUACGGAGAACCAGCACCUUUGAGCGGAAGCCUAGUAAACGCUAUCCCUCCCGGAGACAUUCGACGUUCAAAGCAAGCAACCCAGUGAUAGCGGCUCAGUUCUGCUCUAAAACAAAUCCUGAAGUCCAUAAUUACCAGCCUCAAUACCAUCCCAAUAUCCACCCCAGCCAGCCUCGGUGGCACCCUCACUCUCCAAAUGUAAGCUACCCGCUCCCUUCCCCAGGGCUCAGCAGCGCGGACCGGCUGCCUUUUGGCAUCGAGGAGAACGGGGGCACGCCUUUCACUACCAAAGCUUCAGGAAGGCACCACCACCACCACCACCAGCACCAGCACCACCCAAACUAUGGCCUCUCGCUGACUCUGGAGAACAAGGAGGGGCCUCUGAGAUCCCCAAACUCCAGCAGUAAAUCCCUUACAAAACUGAGUCCAGGAGGACCUGCCCUGUUCAGCGAAGCUGCUGCCCAUCUAAAGAAGCUGGAAUUGGAAACUGUGAAGGCGGCGGGACCCUGGCCUGCUCUGCACAUCAACAUAAAUAAGGCUGAAGAAAAAAAGGUUUCUGAGAAGACUCUUCAGACCCCACUUUUGCCUUCCCCUGUAGCUGAUCACGUGAAGUGUAACAUUUUGAAAGCCCAGCUGGAGAACGCAUCCCGAGUGAGUGCUCAGGUUGGAAAAGAGGAAUCGACGUUUGUAAAUAUCAAUAAGAAAUCCAGUCUGCAGGAUGCUAAAGUAAGAAGUCCUAUUCCUAUACGUGUGGAAACUACCCAACCAGCUGUGGAAAAGCCGGAAAUCAAGCCUCCCCGAGUGAGGAAGUUAACAAGACAAUACAGUUUUGAUGAAGAUGACCUCCCUCCCGACCUGGCCGAGGCAGUAGGAGCGUCCACAGCUGCAACCACACACACCACCACGGCCACCACGCAAGUCUCAGCGCCACUGGUGUCCCCCAAGGGCCACAAAGUCAGCUCGCCUCAGAAUUCAGAAGGCAAGGGCCCGCUGUCCCCAGGGGCCAAGAGUCCCUCUGACCGAGGAGGUGCCUUUACGUUGGAGCCAGGCGAUCUCCUGAUGGACUUCACGGAAGCUACUCCUCUGAUAAAAACGUUCCCGGCUGAUCCAGUGACCCCGUUUCCUGAUGCUUUCAUUACAGGGCCACAGUUCGCCGCAGACUUUAGAGACAGUAAGUUACAGUGCUGUCCUGGCCAGUCUUCCCCACUGAUUCCAUCAGUGACCCUGAGGCCUUUGACAGAGACCGUCUCCACCGUGCAGACCAUCUACACCACGCGGAAGCCUGUUUCUCUGGCAGCCAGUGCAGAGACGCUCCGGCAGGAACUGGAAAGAGAGAAAAUGAUGAAAAGACUAUUGAUGACCGAACUGUGAAAUUCUCCCCUUGUUGCCUGGAGGAUGGCAUGGUGCCUUCUGUCCGUUUUCUUUCUUCGGGCUUUGUGUGCUCACUCCAGCACAACACACAGAUGUGUGCUCUGUUCACCAGGUCUCCAUGGCUGGUUGAAGCCAACUUCCGGCUUGACUUUAUUGGAGAAGUUCUUUUCUGUCUUCUGAGUAUUAGAGUUUUUCUGCUACUCAGUAUAGCUGGGGCGGGAUUUGGUAAGCCUAGGAGAAGAAAGAUGGGGAAAUGGGAUUCCUUUUUAGUACUACCUGUGUGUAUAUAUUGAUAACCACAGGGGGUUAAUAUGGCACGGAAUCCUUUGCUAUCAGUCCCAACCAUGAUUUUGUAUGAUUGAAACUUGGACCAAGCUUUGACUGUUUGUUAAAGAGUCAUUUUUAAUGAGAGAAUAAUUCUUUACUGCUGGUUUUUCAUUCACACUGGUAAUUAUACAGAUAUUAUGAAGUCCUUAACACUCAUUUUUAUUCAGACAUGAAUCGAUGAACUAAAAAAAAAAAAAAGUUGUGACCACCAGGACUGAAGUACUGUCAGCGAAAUCUGAAAUAUAAUUUAAAUUGUGGGUUUGUUGGGUACGAUAUUAUUUGGGAUAAACAGAACUUUUCACUAAGCCCAAAGUAGGAAAUUAUAGCUUAAAUUGUCUAAAAAUCCUUUACAAAGAUAAGGUGGUUCAAUACCAAGAUUCAUUUGGGUGUUCCAUAAAGGAAAAUUAUUUCUAAAGUUGAUCAAUUCUUGUCCUGUUGAUAGAACCUUGACCAGAUGACACUUUGCUGUCUUUUUAUAUAGUUUCAAGAAAUGUGUUUUUAAAUUUUUAUUAUGCACUUGAACAACUUUGCAGGAAUAAAGGCACCCCCUAACCACAAACUAGCCCUCUAAAUUGUUGCCCAAGCUCCCAAUGAAUAUGCACACGUUUUUUCAUAGUUGUGAUCAGUGUGUACAUACUCUUUGGUUGUAUUUCCCCACCUAACACAUAUCUUCCCUUUUUAACACAGAUCCUGCUCUCACCAAUUUAAAUGUCUCUAUAUCUACAUAACAUGGUUAACCUCACUUAUCCCCAUUAUCAGAUAUUUGAGUUCUAUCCACUUUUUCACUCUUAUAAAUAGUGCUGCUAUGAAUGCCUUUGUAAAAGAUGCUCCUUACUUUGGAUUCUUCCCUGGGGAAUAUCUCCAAAGAGGGCUUACAAGGUCAAAGAGCAUGAAAUACUUUAUAGCUCUUGUUUCAUAUUGCCAGAUUGCUUUCUAGAAAGAUCCAAUCUCUGGGUUGGAAGGACCUUAAAGGUCAUUAGUUCAACUCUCCUAUUCCCUCUGAAUGCUUGAAUCCGUCUACGAUUUAUAAUGCCACCAGCAAUGUAUAAGCAUUUCUACUUACCAGUAGUUCUGCCAGUAUUGGGUUUUGCCAUUUUAAUUUAUUUUUGCUUGUUUAAUAGAUGUGUAUAGUUGUUCUUGAAAGGUUGUUUUAUUUCAUUAAUUGCUAGCAAGGCUGAGCACUUUUCCACGUGAUGAUUUACUAGCUGUAUUUCCUUGUGUGUAGAAUGUCCAUCCAUUUCUUAUGACCACUUGUUAAGUGGAGUUGAUCUCAUAUAUUUGUAUCAGAACUGUAUUUUUAUGUUGUAUAGUUUGCUCUCCUGUCCCUAUCCUUAAAACUGAAUGGUGCCAAUAAUUUGAUACUAAUGAUUAUAAAAAAAAGUAAUGCCUCAUUUACUAGCAUUGUUGUAAAAUGAGGUAUGUAAGCAAAUAUUCAGAUAACAGAGGAUUAACCCUUUAAGUGCUGAACUUUAAAAUUUUAAUAUUUUUUUUUUGAGGGAACUCUUUCUAAAAUGCAUUACGUACUUCCCUGCCUUAGUAAACAGAGUAUACUGGAGAGUAUUGAACCUUUUCUUGGUGAGUCAUGGCCAUCGUUGUAAAAAUCAGCCCCUUUUGUACCUUGGUGUGGUGCAGUGAUGUCAUCAGGAGCUAUCCAAAUACCUAGGGCUUGGCUUUGCCUUUCACGGAUUAUUGUGCUGUUUUCACUGAUGAAUUUUACUGCUUUCUGCUCUAUUGGUGAAGCCAUCUGGGGGCAUUUGUGGUGUUUGGGACUUUUUACUCCCAUACUGCAUGACCCCUGGCUAUACUUUGAAACAGCUUUACCUGUUCUUUAUCUUGUGCACAUGAUACAAAUGUGUUCCUGUACAAGACUGGGAAGCUAUCUGUUUCUAGGGUUAUAACCUCUUGCCAAUCCAGCACCCUCCUCCUCCUCUUCUAACCUGCUUUCUGAGUCUUCUGCUCUUCACUUCCUGCUCUCUGAUGGAAACCUCCAGGGCAGAAUGGAAGUGUUCUUGGGGAAGCCAGGAGACCAAGUAUGACCUAUGUGUCAGGUGUGCUUUGCUACUGAGGAGGGAUGCAUGGGCUUUUUUGGACGCUGUUUUCAGGAGGCUCUGAGUCUCCUGCUUUUCUCCCCACAUCCCCCUGGGUUCACAGAUGCUUCAGAAGUCGAUGUCACUGGAAGUCUGAUCGCAACAAGUUGGCUGUUACUGUAUAUGAAAACCCGGUACCUUUGGCAGCUCAGCUCUAACCAGUAAAAUCAAGAAGAUUCCACUGUUUCAGCAGUUGUCCUGGUUAUUUGCCUACUUAAAUGUAAUGACAGGUGCCUGGCAUGGUGACCUGAGGAGAUGACAUCGUGUUGGGUGAAUUCCUAGGGACAAAAAUGAAUUGCUAUAAUUGCUUCACCUUUUUUAUAUACUUAAAACAAACGACAGCACCAUACGGUCACACAACACAUACCUUAUGUCCGGGGGUGGGGCUCAGCUUACUGACAUAAUCAGGUCAGAAUAAGGGCUCCAAACUGUGGGCCACAGACUCCUGGUGGGCAUGGGUGGGGGCAAUACAAGAGGCCUGGGAAUCCUGCAGUUCACAGAGUUUGUGGAUUGCAGACGGCAUAGAAUAUUUGGAAACUAGGUCCUAAAGCAUUCAGAAGAUUCCAUCUGAAUGCACCCCAAAUUUUUUUCAGUUUUUUUAAAACUUGAAAUUUUUUUUUUUGUAUGUUCCCAAUGUUGUGCAAACAUCACCACUAAUUCCAGAACAUCUCCAUCGUUACAAAAAGAAACUGCCUAUCUACAGUGACCACCAAUUCCCCCCACCUCCCUAUCUCCUUAGCAACCACUAAUUUACUCUCUGUCUCUGGAUUUCUGCCUAUGGAUUUGCCUAUUCUGAACAUCUCAUAUAAAUACAAUCCUACAAUAUGUGGUCCUUCGUGCCUGGCUUCUUUCACUUAACACAAUGUUCUCAAGGUUCAUCCGUGUUGUAGCAUGUAUCAAUCUUCAUUCCUUUUUAUGGGUGAAUAAUAUACCAUUGUAUGGCUGUACCACAUUUUAUUUAUCUAUUCAUCAGUUGAUAGACAUUUGAGUUGCUUUUCCUUUUUGGCUAUUAUGAAUAAUGUUAAUAUUCAUAUACGAGUUCUGUAUGAACAUAUGUUUUCAGUUCUCCUGGGUAUAUAACUGAGAUUGGAAUACAGCUGGGUCAUAUGACAAUUCUGUGUUUCACUUUUGGAGGAACUACCAAGAUCAUAACUUGUAUUUCAUAAACAACCAAAAGUGGGGGAAAAAAAAUCACAUAUACUAGGCGGUCAGAAGAAUGGGCAUAUCUGUUACUGGUCAGACACUGUAAUGCAGCACUGAGAGGGACUUUUUAUAAAGAAAAAAGUUGUUUUAGAGAAAUGGUUUUGAUGAGAAGAGAAAAUAAAAGUGCUGUCUUUUAAAAAUGAAAAUGAAAUUAAACUCAGGUGCAUCUGUAAGUUCUUAUUUGAAUUUCUGGCUCUUGGUUAGCCAGUAGUCUCAAAAUGUUCAGGAAACGUGCCUCCCCCAGAAAAUGUACACUAUUGAAAAAUCACAGUAUUUCUUGGCUGCUCAGCGAAUUCACAUCACCGGGGAGCAGAAGGUCUCUGAAAAACCUGGGAUGUAACAAAGAAGGGAACAGGUCUCCCACCAGGGCUCAAAUCUUAUAAAAAGAAAAUCCCAAAGGUAAUUUAAGUGAUUGGGGGAGAACUCCAUGAAAAGAAGCAGCCAAGUCAGUAGGGAAUUGAGGGCUGGAGUAGGUUCCAAGGUGCUGGUGACGCAUGCAGACUUUGAGUGACCAGUGAUACCUAGGAGUAUUCUCCCUAGGAAAAAAACAAAUCCAUGCAUCACAUGUUCCAGCAAUAUCAUAAGGCCCUUACACCACCCCUGGAACCUAUCUGUGGCCCCCGUUGAGUCUGUGGACUCCAGGUCCCUUGAUCCAGAUUACCUGCAAGCCUCAUUUUAAGCUAUGGUUGCAAACCCCCCUCCAACCCCCCCCCCCCCCCCCAUCAACAGCAACAACAAAAAGC